GAAGUCUGAAGCUGGCAAGGUGGUGGUGUCCUGGGGACCUUGUGCGAGGGGAUUACAGACAUCUGCCUGUGAGAUAAUAGUGUGUACAGAACCAUGGAUGAUGCAAGAGCUUUACUUGACACUGAAGAGUACCCCGAUACUGAGGUACAAAAAAACCGAGUCCUAACUCUGGAAGAAUGGCAAGGCAAGUGGCUGAGCCACAACGUUGGCUUUCAUCGAGACCAAGGACAUAAGCUAUUAAAGAAGCAUCUAGAUGCUUUUCUGAAAGGCGAAAGUGGACUAAGGGUGUUUUUUCCUCUUUGUGGAAAAGCCGUCGAGAUGAAAUGGUUUGCAGACCGGGGACACAGUGUAGUUGGUGUAGAAAUCUGUGAACUUGCAAUACAAGAAUUUUUCUUGGAGCAGAAUCUUUCUUACUCAGAAGAACCAAUUGCUGAAAUUCCUGGAGCCAAAGUGUUUAAGAAUUCUGCGGGGAAUAUCGCGUUGUACUGUUGCAGCAUUUUUGAUCUUCCCAGAGUCAAUGUUGGAAAAUUUGACAGAGUUUGGGAUAGAGGAUCAUUAGUAGCUAUUAAUCCAACCGAUCGAAAGCGCUACGUGGAUGUAAUGCUGUCCCUGCUGAGUAGAGGGUUCCACUACUUCCUGACUGUCGUUUCUUAUGAUCCCACGAAAUAUGCAGGCCCACCAUUUUAUGUUCCUGAUGCUGAAAUUAAAAUGUUGUUUGAUACAAAGUGCAAUAUUCAUUGUAUUGAGAAGGUCAAUGUAUUUGAAGAGCGACAUAAGAGUUGGGGAAUAGACUACAUUUUUGAAAAGUUGUAUCUACUUACUGAAAAGUAAAUCAGACAUAAAUAAGAAGGACAUCACUGUAGUUUUGAGGUUUUGGGUAUUUGGAAAUUAUGCCAAGAUAUGAAAACAUAAUGAUGAAUUCUUUUCUAA